AGUGGAUAACGAAGAGUGCACAGCAACGCCCACAAUCAACGCAAAUAAACUGAUAUAUUGGGAUCAUGUGUUUGGUCUUACAUAGAAAUUACACUUUUUUUUUUGCUAUGUACUCUUACGCCCCCUUAUUAGACCUUCGCAUCCUGAAGUGACAAACUCCUCUCUUACAUCGUCUUCAGUGAGGUCGACGACGUGAGCGCCACACAGCCACAAGUUCAUUCCACUCGCGGAGUCGUGAUGGUCGCAGCUUUCUGAACUUCUGGGGCUACAGAUGAUUUUGCAGAAGAAUCAAAAUCGAAAACCAACAAAGAGAAGAACUUAAGUGCAGGAUUGUCGUCACCACACAGAAGUUCACUUCACGGUUUCUCAAGUCACAUGUGAGGUCGACGACGUGAGCGCCACACAGCCACAAGUUCAUUCCACUCGCGGAGUCGUGAUGGUCGCAGCUUUCUGAACUUCAGGGGCUACAGAUGAUUUUGCAGAAGAGUCAAAAUCGAAAACCAACAAAGAGAAGAACUUAAGUGCAGGAUUGUUGUCACCACACAGAAGUUCACUUCACGGUUUCUCAAGUCACAUUGUGAACAAGUGAUUACUGGAUUGAGCUGGUCACUAGAGACCGUCUGUAAAACAGCUUGAAACAACAAUCGUCGCUGAACUUUAGCUAUGUCGGUGUCAGACUACCCUUUAAUCUCCUCCCCAGUCUCCACAAAUAUCUUUGACCAAGCAUAUCAAUACGACACGGACUUAGAAAACGAGUACGAAUCUUUCAGAGGAGCAGUAUACAACAGUUUGCAAAUAAUACUUUCCUUGCAAGCAGUCCUCAUCGUCGCAACAAACCUUUUCCUGCUCGUUGUCAUCCUCUCCAAGUCGGCACUACGGAGUCGCCUUCGCAACCAACUGCUGAUCAGCAUGGCGGUCUCAAAUCUCACAGAAGGCAUCUUCAACAUUCCUUCUAUUGUUGAUUUAUUCACAAAACAAGAUUGGAUUCAUGAAUGUUACCCUCUUGUGUCCCACACUGUGUUUUCGCGUUACACAAAUAACUGCAUCAUUGUCUUGGGGUUGGUUUUGCUGGUCGUCUCCUACCUUUGCCGCCUAAAAUCGUACGGUGGUCCAGCAUUCUUUCUGCGCAUGUCUUCGCGCACAAAGAAAUACGUGGCCUCUCUGCUGUUCGUGCUUUUACCGUGGAUAAUAGCGAUUCCUCUGACUUUUUCCAUCGCUUUGAGUGGGAUACCUCAAAGGCUAAUGGAUAAUUAUUGGUACAAUUCAUUCUGUAUUUUUUUCAUGGAACGUUGGGCCGAAUUCACGUUGAGUAUUUUUAUCGUAUUUAUUCCUGUCGUGCUCAUGAUCGUCUUGGUUAUACUUACCCUCAUCGUGUACAGAAGACAGACAGUGAUUGGCGGUCCUACAGACCAGAAUACAACGCUCGAAGGUCCCUCUGUGCAUGUGGCUGCUGCAAUAAUCUGUAUCAUUGUGUCUGUGGCCAAAGGUCUUGACACUUUCAUAAUAAAUCUCUUUUCGUCACACGAGAUAGAGAUUGUCACAUCAGCCACCCUCUUAUGUAUAAUCAGCAUGAUGCCAUUUGUCCUGGCUCUUCUAUGGCUGCUGGCCCUGAAGGACUUGCGAGCACAUUCAUGCGAGAUGUUAGCCCGAAUUUCCGUCAAGUUUUGCAAAAAGAGUACUUCUGACUCAUCAGCAUUGGUGACUUUUAACGCACUUAGCCAAGAACUCUCGACGAUUUGAUUUUAAUUGGUCUGACACGUGCUACACGUUUUAUGUCAAAUUAUGAUUUAUGUUUUAAGUACUUUUGAUUUUUGAGCCAUUCACAUGUGUACAAGUUAUUCCAGAUGUGCUAAACUUUGAUUUAAAUUUCUUAUUGACUGAAGUCCUCACAUUUUAUUUAAAGCUGUCAAAAUCACGUUUCAACUGUUGUCCUAAGUUGGUCCCCCACUACUUAAAUUCUUAAAAACUAUUUAGAGAACUCACUGAUUGUAAGAUGGAUGCCAUAUUUUUUUAAUCUUUCAGUUAGCACUAAAAUUAGCAGGCUAAUUUUAAGGUUGAUAAUUUUCUGUGGCCUGCGAAUGAUUUAUAAAUUUCCAAAUGACCCUUGGCACCAAAAAGGUUCCCCUCCCCUGUCUUGAAGUACUGACAUAUUGCAGUAAAUGCCACACAUACACUAUUAUAAUCCGAUGUAUGUAUUUAUACUUUAUUACGCCUACAUACAAGUGCAUCUUUUUUUAAGUAAUAAAGUUUCACAACGUAUACAAAUCACACAACAAAUGAGUUGGGUUUUCUUUUAAACUACAAAUACUGAACACAUGCCUCGUGUUACAAGACACUAAUAUUUGCCCCGAUGCAUUUUUUUGGUGCUUACACUUUGUGCAUGGCUUUUUAUAGCAGUUUUCCCCAACGGGCAGCAACUCAACUACACCACUAUCCUCCCUCCAAGACCCCGCCCUUCCCGCCAGUUUAACUAUUGAUUGCAAACCUGCAAAGAAUCAUAGCCGCAAAAGUGAAACCUGCGAGUGCCGAUUGUAAUUCGUCUGAAAUCAACGUAUUGCGAUUCUGCGAUUCCUUUCAACUAAUUUUUACCCUCUCAGCAGAAAUAGCUGCAUGAAACCUAUUAAUUUCCAACAGUGCAUGUUUUCGCAUGCUGCUCCUCAAAAAAAAAAAAAAAAAAAAAAAAAAAUGUAUAAGCUGUUGUUUCUCACAAUAGUAACGCAUGAGAAUCACGCCAUUUAAAGCGACGUCAUUCUACGCCCCUGUAAAUGUGUCACCUGCACAGUUGCUUAUUUUCAGUCGAGGAAUUACAGUAAAGGCGACUUGUCCUUAGGUAAACUGAAGCGUUUAUCACGCCACCGGCUGGCCUGAUCGCCCAUACCACGACCCACACAGCCGGUGCGUGCUCCUGCAGGCGGCCGAGUCCAAGUUUCGAGGAAGGCGGCGUGCCCAGCCCGACCCCUGCUGAAGUCGAUGAAAUAAUGAUAAUGAUAACAACAGCAGUGGAAGUAUAGAAAAUCACAAAUGCAGUUGAAAUAUUCAAUGACAAUAUUACAGGAAAUUUCGCUAACUCAUGGUUGUCUUACAACUUGCAG